AUGCCUCUGACCAAUUCAUCGCCAUCAAUAAUGCAAACGCCACCUCAACCCAAUUCAUACUUUUUUUCUCCGCCAGAUCUCAAUCAACAAUUCGUUUCUAAUCUUCAAAGUCAUAUGUACUCCACGCAAUCCAUUCCCACUGGAUUUUCAAAUUCCUUAAUAUAUGACAAUAGUCAACCAAAUUUUAUGAGCCCCUCGGAUACAUAUUCUGUUGAAAACUACUUUGGCAAUAUCAACAAUGUUCAAACCCAAAACAACAAUAAUAGCAAUAAUAACCAUGGGGCGAUGGACAGUUUUUCGAGUCCUGCACCUCCACAGCAGAGCCCUGUCCAACAAGUUCCACAACAACAUCAACCAGCACCACAACAACAACAAGCGCCAACAUUCCAACAUACAAUGACACCUCCUGUAUCUUUCUCCAAUAAUACUAAUCUAUAUUCUUCUAUUAAAACCAUGACAACACCACCAUCACAACACUCUAGUACAAGCAUUUCAAUACAACCACAGUUUAUACCACCCUCUCUAUAUAAUAGUUAUCACUCCCAGUCAUCUCCAAAUCUAAGUACAUUCCAUCAAAAAUUACCAAGCAAUCAUAUAAAUAGUCAACAAAAUAAUAUUAGUCAACAAUCAAAUCAAUCACACAACAUACAACAAUCACAACAAUCAAAUAACUCCAGUGCUCCAGGUAAUAAAAUAAAUACGAUAACAAUUAAUAAAUCAUCAAGUACGUUAAAUCUCCAAGGCAAUUCAGUUGGUAACAGUAUAAGUUCCAAUCAAGUCAAUUUUAAUUUUCCACAAUUACACACGUCAACCGCCCAAACUCCACCUUCACCAAUUUCAUCACCAUCACCUCACUGUUCAUCAAAUUCAUCUACACCGAUUUCUCUCUCUACCGCAUCACUAACUAGUUCCACUCCCCCAUCUAAAGAGGAAGACAAUCAAAACGAAGGAGAAGUAACGCUUAAAGAAAAAGAAGAUGUCGCCCGAACAGCUUAUAAGACUUGGUUCGUUCUGAAGCCAGGCAACAAAGAAGUAAAGGAUAGGUGGUGGGCAUUAUAUUAUAAUAAAGUAUUACCAAAAUAUCAUCUACGAGAUAACCAUUUAGGAAGGAAAAUCAAUCAAUGGAUAGAAGAAGAUAUGAGAGAACUUGAGAAGCAAGGUUUAGUUCCGGCAAAAAUGAAUGAUGAUCCAGUUGGCGGUGAAGGUGGCGAUACCAAAAAGAGAAAACCAAAUUCAACUAAAGAAGGUUCACUACCAGCGUAUAUAAAUGUUUUAUUGAUAAAUCCUUCUGAGGAAAAAAACAAUUUAACCGGAUAUUGUGGGGGGAAUUCAAUAAAUUGGAAUGAAACCGACUUGGAGACUCUAGUGGGAUUGUUUAAAGAUAAUAGACAAAGAAUAAUGGAUAAUGUUAAUUCAGGCAAGAAGAAAUCAUUGCCAUCACCAUCAUCACCAUCAACACCAUCGUUUACAAACACAUCAGCGCAAUCUAAAAAAGCAGCUCAACAUAAGGAUAAAAAAUUAAAAGCCAAAACAAACGAAACACCUCAACCACAAAUACAGCCUCUAGUCAGAUUAGAGAUCAAUUGUGACUGGAUAUUUGCAGAGACUGAUGAUGUUUGUAAAUAUGUUAUAUCUGGGGAAAAAAAGAAAGAUUCAUCAUUAUCCGAAGUCUCAGUUUUAUCUGGUAAAAGGAAAUAUGGUAGUUUUCAGAUUGAAGCUAUCCUACCACUUAAUGCAGAUUACUCUCUAUCAAGUGUCCCAUACGAACAUAAAAUUAAUGAAUCAUGUACUGCUAAAAGUGAUAUCGAUAAAUCAAAUAAUCCACAACCACAUUGUAUUCACAAAUUAAUAGAAUCUAUAAAACUCCCAAAUGGCGUGCUUUCUAAAAUUUUACCAUCAUCAAACAAUAGACACCUUAGCCAAGUGGUUACGGCGUUUGACUCGAAAUCAAAUCCCUUCGGGGGCGCAGGUUCGAAUCCUGCAGGUGUCGAAUAA